GUUGCUGUUGACCUCGCGUAAUCAGAGUGCAACGGCCGACAGACCUCCACAUGCUGACCAACCUCUUUUCCGUAUGCAAAAUGACAAAGCAAAUGUCGUCAAUGAAUGCCAUCAUGAUACCUCAUCCCAGGAAUUCUUCAUAUACACUUGCACCACCACGACGGUCCAACGCCUAAAUCGUUGUUACCAAUAAUUUUCUAGGAGGAGGAUUACUGUGAGGAAUUUAUUUUACGAACCAAAGACGUAAGCAUCACCUACAAACCAUCCCAUAGCAUUUCUUAAAAUAUUCCCCACAGAUCCAGG